AUGACGCCCGUUCCUGGAAGCCCUGCUGGAGAGACUCGGCUAUCGAAGACGCCCUCACAGACUGUUGCCGUGAACGUAGCCGAGACCGGCCAAGAGAGUCCGAGACGAUUUCAACUCGAGAUGAGUGAAUGCGUGGAGACCAAGACUGUAACAACAACGACUCGCCUCACACGCAAGUUUCCACAUGUAUUUGUACGAAAUCCUACACCUCUCGAAUGUCUCGAUUCCAAAGAGUACCCUCUGGCCCUGAAGCCGGCGCCUCCUGAGAUCGCCGACUUCUCGUAUAAUAUGCCCUUCGAGGAGGAUAUUGCCGAAUCCAUAGACACAGAUGUGAUCACUAUCUCGUCGAAACAAGUAUCCGAAGACUCCUUCACCAGUAACGCCACCAAGCCAGAGCCAUUCCGUCAUGGCACUCCGACCUCAAAUCGAGUCCUACGCCCGUCCUCAGUAUCGCCUUCGGAAGCAUACCCUCGCCGCUCUAGACAAACUCGCUCGCAGGGAGCAACCUCCGAGCCCUCUGGCGAGCGGCGGCAAGCACGAAACGCGCACCUUAAGGCGGUGUCAGAUAAACUUCGUCGGUCGAUAGCCCACGGGAGCAGCAGUACAGGAGCCAGCAGCUCAUCUGCUCAACACCCAUCCCUGAGACAGACCCGAGGGUCCUCCAGCUUUCUCGCAACCCCAGACUCAUCUGAGAUAGUAGAGACCAGCAGUGCGGAGCAUCCAACUUCUUCUCGUACCCGGAAUCUGCACCUCCUUCGCCCUAGAAACUCCCCAGAGCCUCAGCAAUCUGAUGCUGCCAGCCCGAUCCCGAGCGAGUCGAACCUGACUUUUUCCAGUAAUGUGGCGACACCGCCAAUCACUGAUGCCGACGCAGAGCCUUUAACCGACAGCGAGGACAUGCUACGGCAUUCCACCCGCCAUAUUCGACAUUCGAGGCCGUCUGUUGACGUAGUAGCCGCGCAAGAUGCUAGUCUUCCUAGUCCCAGAUUAUCUCCUACUUUGGCUGCCGCUCAGCUGCACUCAGCUGAACAAGAGAUGGAUGAUGGCACACAGCCCAGCAGCUUCCAGACAACUACCAGUGAUGGAAGUCUUUGGAUGGAUGAGUCCCAAAUUAAGGAUGAGGAUGAGCCUUCCAUGGAAUUGGUGCCCGCUAAGAGCCGGGCCCUCACUACCAGGAUGAAGCAACCCGAAAGCUCUCCUGUCGUUGUCGAUCCUCAGAUGCUACUGGAAGCGUUCGAUUCGAUGAAGCCCGAGAUGAAAACUUUCAUGAUGUAUCAGUUCCUUCGACGCUGCGCCCGACCCACUCUCCGUGUUGUUGCCAACGCCGUUAACCCAGCCCUGAAGUGCGACUUCUUCUUUCACUUGCCUCUCGAACUCAGCUAUCAUAUUCUCUCUUAUCUGGAUCAUCAGGAUCUUUGCCGCGCUGCACAAGUAUCUAGAAACUGGCGCAACAUCGUUGAUCGCAACGAGACCGGGUGGAAGGAGCUCUUCGAUCGCGAUGGCUACCAACUCCCUGUUGGCGAACUGGCGAAGGCGAUCACACAAGGAUGGGGUUGGCAAGAUCCUGUGGGGGCCACAGGAUUUGAGAAAGAUCUGAGUAUGCAGAGUCGCCUCACCUCGUCUGAAUAUGAACUCACCAAAUCGGUGAGGCAAGAAGCACCCAAGUCAAGGGCCGCCUCGAAGCGGAAGCGUGGUCUCAACACAUACUCGGCCUCUGAGCGCUCAAAGCGGCGGGCUAGUGCGCAGGAUGCUUCCUCAAUGCGUGACGAUAAGAGCGAAGUCAAGCAACACCGAAGUGCUGGGCCGUUAUCUGCAGCCAAUUCCGCCGCUGCAGCAGUGCCUGAUCCCCAUCUCGGUCUCCCAAGCCUACGACAGCUUCAUCUCUUCAAAUCCCUGUAUCGACGUCACCACAUGAUUCGACGAAGCUGGACCAGCGGUGAGGUGAGGCCGGCACAUGUCGCCUUUGCCGCACACCCCCGUCAUGUCAUUACCUGCCUUCAGUUUGACGAGGACAAAAUCAUCACUGGUAGUGAUGAUACCUUCAUUCAUGUUUACGACACGAAGACUGGGAAGCUGAGAAACAGGCUUGUGGGACAUGAGGGUGGAGUUUGGGCAUUGCAGUAUGAGGGCAACAUUCUGGUGUCCGGUUCCACAGACAGGUCUGUCCGAGUCUGGGAUAUUGAAAGAGGGAUCUGCCAACAGGUGUUUUACGGACACACUAGCACUGUGCGCUGCCUGCAGAUUCUCAUGCCAACGCAAACCGGCAAGGAUGCGUCAGGAAAGGCUAUCAUGCAACCUGAGAAGCCUCUGAUCAUCACCGGCUCUCGAGACAGUCAGCUCAGAGUCUGGCGUCUGCCAGAAGUCGGAUCUAAGCGGUAUUAUCAGACAAGCCUGACAGGCUCAGAGUCUGACUGCCCGUACUUCAUCCGUGCUCUCAUUGGCCAUUCGCACUCCGUUCGCGCCAUCUCAGCCCACGGCGAUACGCUCGUGAGCGGUUCCUACGACAGUGUUGUGCGAGUGUGGCGUAUCAGCACUGGCGAAUGCGUUCAUACCCUCCACGGACAUUCUCAAAAGGUGUAUUCGGUUGUGUUGGACCAUGAACGUAAUCGCUGUAUUUCAGGAUCAAUGGAUUCGUUGGUCAAGAUUUGGGAUCUUGCUACCGGGGCAUGCCUCUAUACUCUGGAGGGCCACACACUUCUCGUCGGGCUGUUGGAUCUUCGCGACGAACGCCUUGUGUCUGCCGCUGCUGACUCCACCCUGAGAAUUUGGGAUCCGGAAACCGGGCGCUGCAAGAACACACUCAUGGCUCAUACGGGAGCCAUUACCUGCUUCCAGCACGAUGGCUCCAAGGUCAUCAGCGGCAGCGAGAAGACGGUUAAGAUGUGGGACGUCAAGACUGGAGAGUGCAUUCAAGACUUGCUCACAGACCUUAGUGGGGUCUGGCAAGUCAAAUUUGAUGGGCGCCGAUGUGUUGCAGCCGUGCAACGGGAUCAGUUAACAUAUGUCGAGAUUCUCGACUUUGGUGCUGUCCGUGAUGGCCAACCACCGGAGGAACUGGGGCGACGUGUCCUCCUUAACGAGGAUGAAGUUCAGGCUAUCAUGGAGGAGGAAGCCUGA